AUGCUCCUCGGCCUUGGAGUGGACCUUCUCUCUGUUCCCCGCCUUGAGGCUCUCAUCUCGCGCCGCACAGCUCAUCGCCUGGCCGAGCGCAUUUGCUCACCGCGUGAGCUCGAUGCAUUCGUCUCUCUUCCUUCGCGCUAUCACGACCCGUCAACCCUCCAGGCGCAACAAACACGCUUCCUCGCGUCUCGCUGGGCAGCCAAGGAGGCGGCGUACAAGGCGCUGCCGCGAUGGCCAACCGGCUGGGGGUGGAAGAAUCUCGAUCUGCAAUACACGGCGCGCGGCAGCCCCAUGCUCGAGCUCGUGCCCCCGCAAGGACGGGAUGCGGAGGCUGACCUCGAUCCUGCACGCGUCGGGCUCAUGCUGAGUCUGUCGCAUGACGCGGACAUGAUCGUUGCCGCGGUCGUCGCGCAGCGGGAGGGCGAUUAG